GCUACCUUCUUGUCAGCCACAUCCUCUUAUUUGAGCUUCCUUCUUUUGGACCCAUGUGAUUUGCUAUCAAAGCCGUGCACGGUUUGAAAUGGAGUGCACGAGAGCUUCCAUUCAGAUUGAGCACAGCGUUUCAUAUCAGUGUUUUGACAGUUUGUGGAUUUGACAUCAGUAAAGGAUCUCUGUGCAGCUGAAGUCACCUGAUUCUGUGAAGUCAGAGAGCUGAAGGGUCGGAAAUUGGACGGACAAAACGUUCUGUCAGUGCAAUCACUGCUUCCGCCUCUGGUCAGUGUGUGACUCCUCUGCAGCAGAUAAAGCUGACUCUUCUGCAGGUUUGUUUUCGGACAGGUAGAACUCGUCUUGAGGAGGACUGAUGGAGGCGGACAUCUUUGACUCUCACAGAGAAGAGCACCCUGUGGACGCUGAGUAUUUCCAGGGAGAGAAGAGGAAGCUGAUUCAGCCGAAGUCUCUAAAAGACCCCGACCUUGAGAAGCUGAAGCAGGCAUUAGUUGAUUGGAUCAAUGGGACUUUGAAACCGGAGCACAUCGUGGUUCAGAGUCUGCAGGAGGAUCUGUACGAUGGACUGGUGCUUCAUCAUCUGCUGGCCACGUUGGCCGACGUGCAUCUGCCUGUGGAGGAGUUAGCGUUGACCAGUGCCGCUCAGAUACGCAAGCUGGAACUGAUCCUGGAGGAGUUGGACAGGAGGCUGGGCCCGCAGGACGGCAGCCAGAUCAAAUGGAACAUCCAACUCAUCCACAACAAAGACCUUCUGGCGACGAUUCAUUUGCUGGUUGCCAUGGUGAGAUGUUUCCAGCCUGAACUGGAUUUGCCAUCGAAUGUGACGGUUGAAGUCGUGUCACUGGAAGUCAACAUUGGUGGAAUCAAAUCCGACGUACAGACAGAAGUCCUGACAGGUGAUCGGCCGAACAACACAGGCUCCGACUCCCUCAGCAGUACUGAAAGGGAAGAUCCCAUUGAACAACUGCUGAGGCUGGAGGCUCACAAGGUCAACACGGUGAAGAAGGCAAUUUUACACUUUGUCAACCAGACCAUGUCGUCGAUGGGUCUGCAGGUCUCUGAACUGGACAAACAGUUUGCCGAUGGCGUCAUCCUGCUGCUGAUGAUUGGACAGUUAGAAGGCUUCUUCAUCCCACUCUGUGACUUCAACCUGACCCCUGUCAAUCACUCCGAGAUGCUGCACAAUGUGACCUUGGCCCUCGACCUCCUGAAUGAUACAGGCCUGACUCUGUCCAGUGUUAAACCACAAGAUAUUGUCUCUCAGGACGUCAAAGCCACCUUGAAGGUCCUGUACGCCCUGUUCAAGAAGCACAAAGAGAAAUGAGAGACGCUCGGAGAGGAGCUCCGGAGCUGGAAGUGCAAAGAGCUGAAGAAAGGUGGUUUGACCAGCUUGUGGUUUCAUCUGUCGCAAAUACUGUGAAUGUUCUUAUUCAAAGAGUGACAUAAAAUUGUGUUGAUCCUCUCACCCAAGUUUUUGCAAGAAGCUUAAGUAGCGUUCACCAGUCGACCUAGCAUACUGGAGCAGGGUUGAUACAAAUCUAAGUUAAUAGACACACUUUUUACUCACAGUAGCUCUGAGGACCUUUGAAAAGACACAAAUAUUUUCCAAAAAAAUCGAAGAGUUCAAAACAGAGAAAACCAAAGGUACAAAUAAACCCAUUCAGUUUCAACCAGGUCAAUUUGUCAGCACCUAGCGACCCUGUUAGCACCACUUAGCCUUGAACCUGGUCACAUAGAUCGUUUAUAAAGAUGAAACAAAUGAUAGCUCCCAAAAGAGAACCCAAAACGUCUUUUUAAGUCGGCUCCCUUUGUCAUGUGAUUUAAUUGACAACACACAGACACCAUCGUCGCCUCAUAUCAUAAACUCUCCCGACCUCUUCGUCGGUGUCUGUGUUAAAAUAGGGUGAAAUGCCAUGAUUGAGAGCUGAGAUUGACUCACGAUUGGUAAAUCAAAUUGGUAAAAAUUUGAAAAUCAUACGACCUUGAUAACGUGGCUCCUUGCCCGAAUCUCUGGGUCCAAGUGACGCUAUUGGCGCAAGCUAACAGCGUUUGUAUCCAGGAUAUUGGCGGGAAUUUGGGGAAACAAGUCUUGUGCUCAUUUUGAUUUACAGUCUAUGGUCACUACGCCAGCAAGCCUACAGCACUGAUUACUUUGUAAAAUGAUGGUGAUUCAAACUAAAACUACCAAGCCGGCAAAGUCGUUAACUGUCCAAAAAGCCAAAGCUUGGUUGAGCGUCAGUAGGGUUUUCUAUUGAUUUGUUUAACUGCAAAAUUGUGCUUGCAUUUGCCCAAAGUCCGGCUCAGGAGGGCACUGCGUUAUUGGCAGUUGUUGUGGACCUGUUGUCUGGAAUCAGCUGGUUCAGUGUCCUUGUUUACAAAAUGUAAGAUUUAUUUUGCUUCAUAUUACAUACAUUGUGUAUUCAUUAGUUGAUAUAUUAUCGCUGUGCCACCACAAGUAAUGUAUGAUAUAAUGGGUCUCUUCGAUGUUGUUGAAAGCUUAAGGACAAUAAACUGUUUACGCAAACCCAAUUUAAUUUUUUUUAAAGAUAUUUUUCUUCAUGUUCUGAAGUGAUACAUGGGUCUGGGGUCUUUUUGCUGGAGGCUUUUCAAUAAACGAUGUUCUUUCUCUGCUC